UGCGCAGAGAGAAACAAUUUACUAUUUCUCAGACGUAGGAAGAGACAUCAACAAGCGAGCGGUGUUGGUGCUUUGAAGUGGAUUGCUAAAUGAGUUGAAACUGUAUCGCGAGUUAUUUUCAAGUUUUUGCUUUGUAUUACAAUCUUAGAAUCUUAGAAAGGAAGAUGUUUGGUUUUCACAAGCCGAAGAUGUACCGGAGUUUACACGGCUGCUGCAUCUGCAGAGCGAAGACGUCGAGCUCCCGCUUCACGGACAGCAAGCGCUACGAGACAGAAUUCCCGAGUUGCUUUGGGCUGCGUGAAGCUCGCUGUGGAGAUAUCUGCAACGCCUGUGUGCUCCUGGUGAAGCGGUGGAAGAAGCUCCCCGCGGGGUCCAAGAAGAACUGGAAUCACGUGGUGGAUGCGAGGGGCGGGUCGAGCUUCAAGGUCACGGGGAGGCCGAAGAAGAUGAAGAUGAAGAUGCUGUCCGGGAGGGUUCGGCCGAGCCAGACCCACCGCCUGCAGGACGAGCUGAAAAGACUCCACUCUGACGCUCACAGCACUACCUCCAGUGUGUCACCAGCCCAUUCUCCCAGCUGCAGUAACCAAUCGGACGACGGCUCGGACACAGAGCUCACCCCGGGCUCCAGACGCUCCCCGGUUUUCUCCUUCCUGGACCUCACCUACUGGAAGAGGCAGAAGGUGUGCUGCGGCAUCAUUUAUAAGGGCCGGUUCGGAGAGGUGCUCAUCGACCCCCUCCUCUUCAAGCCCUGCUGUCUGAACAAGCAGCGGCAGCAGCAGCAGCAGCAGCAGCAGGAGCAGCAGAAGGAGCAGCAAGAGCGGUUGGAGGAGGAGGAGGAGGAGGAGGAGCAGCAGCAGCAGCAGUUGGAGGAGGAGGAGGUGGGGGCCGAGGAGGAUGAGGAGGUGGUGGAAGAUGACCACGGGCGAGAGGGAGGAGAGGGCAGGGAGAACCCGCGGCCCGUGGGUACACCGUCACCCCCUUGUGCCAAAACAGCGGCGGUGGAGAUGGCGGUUUGGUGAUUUCACACGGGCAAUAGGGUAUGAAUACACACUCAAACACGCACACACACACGCAUACAUACGCACACACACACACACACACAUACAUGCACACACACACGCAUACAUACGCACACACACACACACACUCAAACACGCGCACACACACACGCAUACAUACGCACACACACCCACACACACACAUACAUGCACACACACACACACACACACACACGCACACACACGCACAUACAUGCGCACACACACACACACACACACAAAGGGACUCACUCAUGCGGCCUUCUUAGGAAGCCUUGGGGAGCUUGGCGUUUCUCUGCAGGCUCUUACGCUGAAGUUGCCUUUCAUUGCCUUCAUCCCAAGAGCAGCUGGACACUUCGUUUCUCGUUCUCGUUGUCAUCCUGUCUUCCUUUUUUCUGUUUUAUCUGCGUUUUUUUUCUCUCCUCCUUGUUAAUUUUAUUGUUCUUGCUUUGUGACUAGCGAACCGCUACGAGGACUCAAGCAUAUCCCCCCCCCACCUUCAAAUGUUCCUUACUGUUGGAUAUUUGCUUUCUUUGAGAGAGCUUUUUUUUUGUUAUUUAAAUUGCAAAAUUGCUGGAUUUCUGGUGAGCCAGUCGCUGCUUUUUUAUGUGGGGUGUGUGUAACCAGAAAAAGACACUGAAAACAUAGAUGACCUCUGCUCUCCAGUAUGGAGCCAUAGAAUAGAACCAGGGGUGCACAACAAGGUCCAGUCCAUUUCAAGAUUGUGUGCCAUCUUCUCUUUUCUUAAUUGUUUAAUUGGCUCGGUCAUAUUUUCAUCUUACUUUUAUACAAGCAAAUGCCUGCUCAACAAAACAAAAAAAAAAACUGCCACCGUAUUGGAAAGAUGUUUACUGUGCUGAAGUGGAGGAGUGAAGCAGCGUGGUUUAUAGAGCAGUCAGAAAGCUACAAACUGAAGUGGCUCGCUUGAGCGGAAACCAGCGGGCAGUCAGGCCCUCCCGGACAGCGGCUGUGCGCCCCUGUGUUCCAGACACCAGCCUUCUCACAGCAGGUUGCCUUUGCCCAAUGCUCGCCCUCAUCUCGACAUGAGAGAGAACGGGCCUUUUCUCAAAAAGCCACACACUGCACAAACUUGGGAGGGGGGGGGGAGGGGUGUGGGCCUUAAAUUUGCGUGUGUUGUUUUUUUGUUAUUUUUUUCUUUCUCAGACUGGCAUUGGAGGACAUGGUUAAUUUAAUUACACUUGGAGGAAAAAAAGAGAGUAAAAGAGCUUGUAUUAUAUACUCCAUGAGCUCAAAGUAUUUUUUCCCUUCACAAAUAAUAUCCUUCAGUUGCACAAGAUAUCUUGCUUCAGAUAUUCAGGCCUUAAGCUAUGCAUUUUUUCCCCUGUGAAAUAAAGUUUCAAAACCUUAGCAUCAACUUGGCUGACAAAGUAAUUCUCUGCCAUGGACUCUCUUGUAAUGUUCUGUUUCAUUGCCUUGCGCUUCUUUAAUAUUUGUAAGUACAAUAGUUUUCUUUUACCUUCUUACUGUUUGUCCCCUCCUGUUUCUCUAGAGUAGUGGGUCUCAAACUCGGACCUGGGGGACCACAGUGUAUGCUGGUUUUCAUUCCAACCUCAACUGCAAUCCCAGAAUUUUAACAAGCUCUUAAUUUUUUUUUGAUGACGUGCUUUUCAUGUGUUAGAGCUGGGGUCUUAGGCCAGGAAGGGCCAGUGUGGGUGCACACACACCUGAUUCUACUAAUCAACCACUGGAGUUGUUGCUAAGCACCUUGAUUAGUAGAAUCAGGUGUGUGCACCCACACUGUCACUUUCUGAAACAUGAAAAGCAAAAUGAACAGCUUGUUCAAAUUCUGGGACUGCGGUUGAGGUGGGAAUGAAAACCAGCACACCCAGGGGUCCCCCAGGACCGAGUGAGAACCACCGCUCUAGAGAACACUAUAAAACUGGAAUUUCUGUUCCCACGGGCCAGGUGUACCAAUUACAUUUUAUUUGUAUGGUUUUUAAUGAAUAAUACCACGUUUGGUCUGGUCAGCAGAGAGGGUGGAUGAACAGGUCUGCUCCACUGAAAGUCAGUGCUGGAUGCACUAUUCACAAUAUUUUUCCAUUUCUAAAAGGGAGCUUUGGAAUGUUAGCGUGCUGAUUAUUAUGGGAAAGGUUUAUUUUGUCGAACACUUGUGAACGCACUUGUCAAUGCUGGUUAUUGCCUCAUUUGUUUUAUUAUGCAUGGUUUCUGUAUGUACUGCAGUUUCUGACCCGAAGGUGGCGCUGCAUUAUAAUUACUCCAGUAAUGGCCUUGGCUUAGUAUUGAUUUCUAAUGAUGCCAUUAAACAGGGAAACCGUUGGUAAGAAGGUAUGGCAUGGCAUUUUCUAGUGAUGCUAUACUUCUGUGUACACUGCACAGAAAUGGAAAAAAAGUAUUUUAAAAUCCUAGUUUCUCAGUAUAUAAAUGGACAACAUUUAAAUUACCCAGAUCUACCCCAUGUAAAUUGAACCAUAUAAAAAUAGCAUUGUAGUAACCUUCUUUGAGGCAAUUGGAUUUAAUGUAUUGGCAGCUAUCUAGUUUUUUUUUUUUCAUUUUUAUGUUUCUUGUGAUUAUUGUAUACAGAAUAUAGUGGGGUAUCUAUACUAUAUUAUGACUGUCCAAUACUUUUGUUAUUAUUGUGUGUGAGCUAUAUAAAAUGGCUCUGGGCAUGGACACUAAAAUAUCUGUGUGUUUUUUUCUCUUAUGUCUGGAAGGGUUGUAUUUGUAAAUUUAACUGGGGAAAUUCAGCUGGGGUGUACCAUUUUUCUUUUGCUUAUUUAUUUGUAUUUAUUUAUAUCUCGUGUUUUUGAAGUCCCCCCCCCCCCCCCCCCCCGCAUUAAAAUAUUUUUCUCAAGUCAUUUGGGGGUUGACAAACCAAAACUGAUUAUGAGAGUGGGCAAUUUAUACUGUUGUCCGAUGUAGCAAGUCGGCUACCAACAGGCGCUGUCCUUAAGGGGAGGUCCACACGUACUUCUCUCAGUCUAGUGCCAGACUGACCGAACAAAGCAGGUCUCACACAAGGUUAAUGAGUAAAUCUACAACUUUGUAAAACAUUGUAAAUUGUGUAAAACAUGUUUUCUGGCACCUAGAACUGCCUAUGGGGAUGUUGGGGAUAGUUUGGGGUUAUUCCUCCCUGGAUGUCAGUUUCAUGCCGUUGAAGAGAAUGAUCUGAUUCAGUGUUAUGUGUUUAAAUUGCACAGCGGAAUUGGUUUUGGGAAUUAUUCAAAAUUUAAGAUUGUACUUUUUUAUUCAAAAUUUAUGAUUCUACUUUGUUUAAAAAAAAAGCUCCAUUUGAAUGGACAAUAUCAUAAACUUUUGUUUGAUAAUAUAGACAUUUACAAAUGUUCUGUCAAUUGGUUAAAUGCUCAGUUCCCAUCUGACGUGCUGAUUUAGGCUAGUCUCUUCACUGUACAGUCACAGCCAUGUAUGGUUGCUCUACACGUUGUGUUCACCAUGUUAGAUAAGUUUGAAGUUUUGUAUUUUUAUAUAUAAAUGUACAUUUUCUACUAGUUCUUCAAUAAAAAGUAGUUUGCUGUU